GAUAUAAUAGGUUGGAUGAGAUGCCAUAACAUCGACUCACUUUCAGUUGCGCGCACAAGUGGUCAGAACUGAUCUGAAGCUAGUUGUUCGGUGAAGUAGGCGACUUGAUUUCUGCUAUGACUAACUUUGAUCACAAGCAAUAAAUAGCCUACAGCUCGUGGUCGCUGACAGUCUAUGGAAUAUGUACGUAUACAAUGCGGUAUGAGUGAAGCGAAGUAGGCUACUAGACUACAAUAACAAGCAUUCAUGGCUACCGAUGAGUCAACAGUGAUUGUAACUUUUUCUGAAGUCCAAAGUAGCUUCUAGGCUACAAAUGGGUUCCAUGUUUGAUCUGAGCGUUGCUGUAAGACUCUAUUUACUGUCUUGUUUCGUUGUAUCUGUGGACUUCACUUUAGGCUUGGGACAAAGCCAUGAUACUGAAUUCACGUUUCAACUCCCUGCAGGUAGAACAGAAUGUUUCUACCAAACAGCUACGAAGAACGGAAGCCUGGAAGUAGAAUACCAGGUGAUUGCAGGUGCAGGCCUGGAUGUGGGCUUCACCCUGAUCUCCCCCAGCGGAUACAAGCUGGCCUCUGAGUUCAGGACAUCUGACGGCAUCCACACGGUGGAGCCUACAGAGGAUGGAGACUACCGGCUGUGUUUUGACAACAGCUUCAGUAAGCUUUCUGAGAAGAUGGUGUUCUUCGAGGUGAUCGUGGAGGGCCAGCCUGGGGACACCUGGGGCGAUGAAGAGUGGGCUGACAUGGCCGAGCCAGAGAGUAUGGUGGAGUACAAACUGGAAGACAUCAGGGAGACCAUGGACUCAGUGCACAGGCACCUGGAGCGGAGCUGGCAGCUUCAGACCAUGCUGAGGGCCUUCGAGGCCCGGGACCGCUAUCUACUGGAGGACAAUCUGUGGAGGGUCUCGUUCUGGUCCUCCAUGAGCCUCCUGGUCAUCCUGACUGUGGCCGUCACACAGGUCUAUACCCUCCGACGCCUCUUUGACGACAAGCGGGUCUGCAAACCCUAGUGUCCAGUAGUAUCUUCCACCACCCCCACACCCUUCCCAGUGGUAUCUUCCACCACCCCCACACCCUUCCCAGUGGUAUCUUCCACCACCCCCACACCCUUCCCAGUGGUAUCUUCCACCACCCCCACACUCUUCCCAGUGGUAUCUUCCAGCAGACUCACACCAUCCCCACACCCUUCCCAGAGGUAUCUUCCAGCAGACUCACACCAUCCCCACACCCUUCCCAGAGGUAUCUUCCACCAUCCCCACACCCUUCCCAGUGGUAUCUUCCAGCAGACUCACACCAUCCCCACACCCUUCCCAGAGGUAUCUUCCACCAUCCCCACACCAUUCCCAGUGGUAUCUUCCACCACCCCCACACCCUUCCCAGUGGUAUCUUCCACCACCCCCACACCCUUCCCAGUGGUAUCUUCCACCACCCCCACACCCUUCCCAGUGGUAUCUUCCACCACCCCCACACCCUUCCCAGAGGUAUCUUCCACCAUCCCCACACCCUUCCCAGUGGUAUCUUCCACCACCCCCACACCCUUCCCAGUGGUAUCUUCCACCACCCCCACACCCUUCCCAGUGGUAUCUUCCACCACCCCCACACCCUUCCCAGUGGUAUCUUCCACCACCCCCACACUCUUCCCAGUGGUAUCUUCCAGCAGACUCACACCAUCCCCACCCUUCCCAGAUGUAUCUUCCACCAUCCCCACACCCUUCCCAGUGGUAUCUUCCACCACCCCCACACCCUUCCCAGUGGUAUCUUCCACCACCCCCACACCCUUCCCAGUGGUAUCUUCCACCACCCCCACACUCUUCCCAGUGGUAUCUUCCAGCAGACUCACACCAUCCCCACCCUUCCCAGAUGUAUCUUCCACCAUCCCCACACCCUUCCCAGUGGUAUCUUCCACCACCCCCACACCCUUCCCAGUGGUAUCUUCCACCACCCCCACACCCUUCCCAGUGGUAUCUUCCACCACCCCCACACUCUUCCCAGUGGUAUCUUCCAGCAGACUCACACCAUCCCCACCCUUCCCAGAUGUAUCUUCCACCAUCCCCACACCCUUCCCAGUGGUAUCUUCCACCAUCCCCACAUCAUGCCCAGUGAUAUAUUCCAGCAGACCCACACACGGCCCGAUGGUAUUUUCCACCACCCCCACACCCUUCCCAGUGGUAUCUUCCACAAAGAUGUCAUAGAAGGGUGUUGGGACUAACAGGACCCUACUAUAAAGUAAUGGUUUCAGAGAUUGAAGAAGAGAGACUAUUGACAACAGUGAUGUUUGGUAAAUGAGGGACUGUUAGUAAGGAUUUAGUGAUGUUUGUGUGUGAUGAGCUUGAUUCAGCUUUUGAGUGGCAGAAAAGUGCAUGUUUGUAUGUGAGUCAUAAACACUGUAUAAUGAUGUUUUGACAAUUUAUUGUCAAUCUAUCAAACAAGAAACCAAUGCAAUAGCAGAUCAUGUGGUUGUAUGUUUUUAACAUGGGAUCUUAAGAGUGACUUUACAAAUAUAAUUUAUUUAAUGACAUGGUUAUAACACAACUACAGCAAAAUAAACACACACACAAAAAAAAUACAUUCUACUACUGAUCCCGCAAGCUUACAUUAAAAGCUGCAGUGGUUAUCAGUCUGUUAAUUAUGAUGCAAGAGAACGAAGUCUUACAUGCAACAAUGGCUGUCCUCAUGGGAUGGUUUUAUUGAAUUACAGAUAUGACAUUUUUAUUGAAAGGUAUAGUGUUUGCCAGAGAUCUGGUGAGACGAAGCCAAAGAGUUGAGACAUUCCAAAAAUGAUUCCUGCCAGGAGAAUGUUGCAAAGUCAACCACAAGCAUAGUUGUUAUAUACACCUCCAACACCACAAAACCAGAUCCAAUCAUUCGUUUGAAAAAAGAUAGAUUUUAUGGUUUUAUAAAUACACAAUGAUCCAUUCAUUUCAAUUAUAGGUACAAUAGUGCAAAUUUGAGUGUCAAAAGUGUGCAGCAAAAGAAAAUAAGGCAAUCUUAUUGGCUACCAUAAAACAGCACUGGAUUAAAGGCAUAUCGCAAAGUUCUGCAGUUGACAUCAGUUGGAUCUAUUAUUGACACUGUACUACAUUAUAAUCACAUUACCGGUAUAUGCCCUUCUUCAUACAACUACACUUACUACAGUAUAAAUAAACUGUAUAAUGAAAACAUACAGCAUAUGCCAUGUAGAAGAGGUCUUUAUUCAAAGUGAUUUACAGUCAUCCGUGCAUACAUUUCACGUAUGAGUGGUCCAAGCAGGAUUAAAACCUACGACCCUUGGUGUUGCAAGCACAAUGCUCUACCGAUUGACCCUUGCGCAAGGCAUCCACUGGAACAUACAUGGUUUGACGCUCUCUUCUGAACAUGGCAUGACCCUCGCUGUUAAAAGCUUUGUAUGCUUCUGUGCUCACUCAGCAGUGGAGUACCCAGCACUACCUGAUUCAUUGAACUGUAGCGUCUGUGCUCACUCAGCAGUGGGGUACCCAGCACUACCUGAUUCAUUGAACUGUAGCGUCUGUGCUCACUCAGCAGUGGGGUACCCA